AUGAGAUUUAAAGAUGAAACUCCAUCAAAUUGUGAACGUUUCCUUAAAGCUCAUGGUUUGUCGCUUUUUAGUAAAUGCUUUUCGCGUUUUGGUUCUCGCUAUUUUGAGCUUGUUCGAAACAUGAUGGGUUUAAUUGGAAAUAUUGCUGAAGUUUUUGAAUUACGCAAUCAAUUAAUGACUAAUGCAUAUUUGGAAAUUUUCUGCCAUUUACUCGACAACUUAACUGAAAGUAUUGAAAUUUCUUACAAUAGUGCUGGUGUAUUAGCCCAUUUAGUUAGUGAUGGAGAUGAACGUUGGGCAGAAUCUGGUGUUAAUAUUCCACGAGAAGAUGUUAAUAGAAAGAUUGUUAAGGCUACUGAAAAAUGGGAUUUGCAAGCACGCCGUUUCAUCAACUAUCGAAGCUUUAAACCAAUUAUAUGCUUGCUACCACAAUGGCAUUCUGAAGGAGCACAGCAAUGGGCUGUUUGGGCAUUAGCUAAUUUAACAACUACAGACAGAAAAAAAUAUUGUCGUUUUGUAAUAGAUGAAGGAGGUUUGGAAUUGUUGGAAAAUUUGUCUGUAGAUGCCCGGUCGACUGAAGCAAUAAAAAAUUUGGCAAAUAUUGUUUUGAGAAAUAUUGAUGAAUGGUUUGAUUUUUAA